AUGACCAACAACAAUCUUAGCCACUGUCUUGCAUGGCUUCUGCAGCACCCACACUCUUUUGACCAUUUGGACCAUAUAUCUGUAGUUGCGAAUACUGCCGUUGCGCAAUACGAUGAGCCACAAGACACUUCAAACGAUGAAAUGGCAAGAUUGCAGUUUCCACCGCAGCCCCAGCCUCGUUCAAAGUUGAUAUUACAACCAAGUCAGAGUAAUGCUUUGCCGACUCCAGACCCCUCUCGUGCUUCUGAAGAGCGCAAACCCUCUCCGAGACGAGUCAGACGAACGUUCGAAACCCCGUCGGCGCGGCUACUCUCCUCUCGCCCACGUACGCCAGUAGGGACCUUUGAAGAAACGAAGGAUGUCCUCGACAUCGACGAGAUUGACCUGACCGAGGAAAUUACAAGCUCUUCAUUCGGAGAAUUCGGGCCGCCCACCAGGUUAUGGAAGGAAAGCUCUGCUUCAAGGGUGGAACCACCAUCUAAGAAGAAGGGGAGGAAGAGAAAGAGCGACGAAUAUAGGUCAGAUUUGCUGUCCCCCAGCUCAAAUCGGAACCCAAGCAAGCGUGUCCAGAAGGCUCUGAAAUCAUGCGCCAUUUCACAGUCUGGAAGCAGUCCUCGCCGACCCUUCGAUAAGGAGAACAACUUGCAAAGAGGGACUCCUUCAAGGCCUCAUGCGAGCACCAUUCCUGCGGCUGUAGAAGAAGAGGAAGAUGAAUUCCCGGAUGCUGGGUUCAGCGAAGACCUGCAGUUCUACGAUGCAAUAGACGACGAUUUGAACGAGGCACCUGCUCAGCCACCUCAGCCGGGACUACGACAUGAGAGACCAUGUGAGGAGGUUGCAGAUUCAGACGGAGAUGAUCAGGAUUUUGUUCCAUUGAAUCGACAGCGACAUGCUUUCCUCGACACCCCGUCGAUUAAAGAUCAGCAAGAGAGCAGCCACCUUUCCUACUCAGUUGAGCCGACACGAGGAAUUCCACGUUCAUCUCAACCACACGUCUCUCUCAAGGUGUCACAGACCUCUCCCCGAUCAUUCCUUCAAACUAGCAAAUGUGAAUCAUCACAGCAGUCUAAGUCAAAGCCUGAGACAGCAUUCAAAAGCAGUGGCAGCAGUGUCGGCCAGAAUAAGGAUCUCACUGAGGACGAGACGCGAAUCAUCAAUAGUUUCGUCAAGUCCGGCGCAACUCUUUGCCAAAGCCUACUUGAACGGCUACAGCAGUCUCAUCGUUCUGUGAAGAGAGCGAUUCUGGACGAGAUUUGCGACAACGGUGGGCCCCCAUCGCGGGAAAAACAAGACACUCUCAAAGACAUCGAGUACAAGAUCUCUGCUACAGGCCAAUUGCUGGACGAGCACGGCAUCCUGAAGAAGGCUCUGGAUCAGCAGAAUGAGCUCAUGAAACAACGCUACGACCUUGAGGAAGCCAACCACUUGAUUGACUUCGACGAUCCUACAGAUGCCCUGAUGCAAAUCUGUAACAACAUCAGACGGAUAAAGCUUGACAUCGAUACUCGACAGCAUUUGAUUUUGAAUCUCUUAGAAAAGGCGGGUGUCUCUAUGACGAGUGAACCGGGACCGCUACCGACGAGCCACGGUGCCCGUCUAUCGCCUCAAAGAGCACUAGCAGGUAAAAGCGUGCUCGUAGCGUCGACGCAAAAAGCGGCUCGAUAUAUCUCUCCCCUCAAAACAUAUGAGAACGCUCAAGACCUUGCUCAUUUGUCCACACAAUCAAUCAGGCAAACGCCGGUCUCACAGCGAGCUGUCAUUAUCGACAACAGCUGUGAGUCGAGGCAUCAAAAUCAUCCACAAAGCAGGUCGCCACAGCCAUCCAUUUUGCUACCCAAGGUAACACAACACCCCGCGAUGCUCAAAACCGUCCCACGGGUUCCCGAAUCUCCGCGCCAGGUUCAAGCUACUUCUUAUGAGGAUGCUGAGGAGUUUGACCAGGGCUACUCUAGAACCAUGGCCAGCCCCGAUCCUGAUCAUGCUGUCAGUGAUGAUGAGUUCGGAUGUGAUUUCAGUGAUGAAGAACUGUAUAAAGUAGCUGAGGAAUUCGACCAGAAUCUUCCAACCGCACGCAGCGUUUCCCCCUCAUGUCGCGGGCGGAUGGCCUUGGGCGAAGUAAGUGAGAACAUCCGCAGAGUAUCGCCUCAAAAGGGAACUAUCAGAAAUGACAACGUUCCUCACGCCAAUCUCAUGCAACAUCCAUGGUCAAAAGAUGUAGCCUCAGCGCUCAAAAAGAGGUUUCAUCUCCACGGAUUCCGUCACAAUCAGCUGGAAGCUAUCAAUGCUACCCUGAGUGGCAAAGAUGCUUUCGUUCUGAUGCCGACGGGUGGAGGGAAGUCCUUAUGUUAUCAACUGCCCUCUGUCGUUCAGAGUGGCCGCACAAGAGGAGUUACUGUCGUCGUAUCUCCGUUGCUCAGCUUAAUGCAAGAUCAAGUUGACCAUUUGAACAAGUUGCGCAUACAAGCAGUCCUCGUCAAUGGCGACAGCACGAAGGAAGCUCGGAAUUAUUUACUGACUACCCUCAAAGGGCCUCACCCUGAGAGAUUUGUUCAGCUCCUCUAUAUCACGCCAGAGAUGUUUAACAAGAGUCAAGCCAUGGUCAGAACCUUACAAGAUUUGCACCAAAGGAGAAAACUUGCUCGGAUCGUGAUCGAUGAGGCACAUUGUGUGAGCCAGUGGGGCCACGACUUUCGACCCGACUACAAAGCUUUGGGUGAGAUUCGCAAGCAGUUCCAGACUGUCCCUGUCAUGGCUUUGACCGCGACCGCGACCGAAAACGUGAAAAUUGAUGUCAUGCACAACCUGGGUAUGGAACACGCUGAAGUCUUUACCCAAAGCUUCAAUAGGCCGAAUCUUACCUACGAGGUGAGGCCCAAAGGAAAAGGCCAGGCCGUACUAGAUGGCAUUGCGCAAAUCAUUGAUACGUCGUACAAGGGCCAGGCUGGCAUAGUCUAUUGCUUGUCAAGAAAGAAUUGUGAAGCUGUGGCUGAGCAGUUGAGACACAGUUACGGAAUCAACGCGCAACAUUAUCAUGCGGGCAUGUCCUCGGAAGAGAGGAUCGACAUUCAAAAAAAGUGGCAAGCCGGCACUUUUCUCGUGAUCGUGGCCACCAUCGCCUUUGGAAUGGGAAUUGACAAGCCGGAUGUCCGCUUUGUCAUCCAUCAUACGAUACCAAAGAGCCUGGAAGGUUACUACCAGGAGACUGGCCGUGCGGGGCGAGAUGGUAAAAAGUCGGGCUGUUACCUCUAUUAUGGCUACGGCGACACCACUUCUCUGCGGCGUAUGAUAGAUCAGAGCGACGGCAGCUGGGAGCAGAAAGAACGGCAAAAGCAGCUGCUGAGAAACGUGGUACAGUUCUGUGAAAAUCGCAGUGACUGUCGACGGAAACAGGUUCUCAACUAUUUCAAUGAGCACUUUGAUCCCGCCGAGUGCAAGAACGGCUGCGACAACUGCACCUCGACUAGCACCUUCGUAACCGAAGACUUCUCUGAGCACGCCCGACACAUCGUCAGCCUCGUGAAUAGAGUUCAUCGUGACAAUGUCACGAUACUGCAUUGUGUCGACGUCUAUCGUGGUGCAAAGUUGAAGAAAAUCACUGAGCUCCAGCAUGACCAGCUUGACGAAUUUGGGCUGGGCAGCGAGCUGAUCAGAGGUGACGUUGAACGUAUCUUCAACCGCUUGAUCUGGGAAGAUGCACUGGAGCCGUUCAACCAGACUAAUCGCUCUGGCUUCACUACCGAGUAUAUAAGACCUGGUCGCAAUGCUCGAGUAUUUGCAGAUGGCCGCAGACCCUUGAAGAUUCAGGUCCUCGCCUCGCCGCGCAACAAGGUUCAGGCUAAAAUCUCAAAGUCCCGAAAGAAGCCCAAAGGCACUGGAGUUACAGCCGCAGCGGAUGACUAUCCUGCUUCUACCAAUGUGUCCUCUCCGGUCCAGCCUCGCUCACGUAGCAAACUUGUUCAGCGCGGCGGAAUGGAAGAGUCUGAUGACGAUUUUAUUGUUCAAUCGAGUGAGGAAGCCAGCAUUAGUGCCAAUCGUAGGGCAAAGAGGACAGCCAACGCCGACUCACGGAGUGCACCCAUUACAACUGACGACGAUAUAAGUGCUCUCAAUGAAAUACAUCAGCACAUUCUGGAAGAUUUUGUGGAGAGAGCUAAAAAGGAUGUCCAACGUAUCAUGAUUGCAAAAUCUAUGCGGAGGAAACCAGUCACUGAUCGCAUGCUUCGUCAGAUUGGGCUCAACUUCCCCCAAAAUGAACAACAGCUCCGACAACUCACAGGACUCAAUCCCGAGAUGUACCAGGUCUUUGGACCACUACUGCUUCGCUUGAGCACUACCAGCUUCAAUAACUACGAGGCCAUGAUGAGAGCCCAGGAAGACCGACCAGAUGACCCAAAUCAUCAGACAGUAGUCGAGAUCAGUGAUGACGAUAUGGAUGGGGAUGAUGACUUUAACCCAAGCGACUUUGACAUGGGAGAGGCCGAGAGUAGUCACUACUUCGGUAGAAGAGACGAAGUCAGUCAAUUCAAUGAACGCAGUAAGUGA